GUACCACGAGCGUCCGCGCCGCGGCAGCACCGCCGGCGUCUUACGUCAGACAAUAAUGACGUGCUAAUGGUUAAUGGCUUCUACUUUCCCGAGCAAUCUUUAUGAGAAAGCCAAACAAAAUCCAAAGAGAUUUCAUGAGCCUCGAUGCAUCGGGGGUCAGAAUCGUAGAAAUAUGACUGCCUGAGCGUUUUACCGUAUCCGCAGAUCUUAAUUUUUAUGGGAUUCUACUGGUGGACGGAGAAAUACGUGGUGGAUUCGACUACGGGAAAACGGACGUAACCGUCGCAGCCGUCGUCCCGCUGGAUCGGCCAGAUGCGAAGAAUCUCGAGGCUCGACGCGACACCGCAAGGCAAACAUUCCACUAGGUGACAUGCCUAGCGGUCGUGACAUCGAGCGUGCAGAACGGAACGGCAGAUUUCGCUCGAGAAGGAGAGAGAGCACGGGGAGCGACGUAAAUCGGCACAACUACGAGAGCUCGGACAAGCGACACAGGAAGCAUGGGCGCAGCAAGAGCUCCGGGAAGAAGAAGAAGAAGAGGUCGCGCGACAAGUCCGUGGAGAACGUCCCGACGAUAGCCUCGUCGGUGGUGAAGCCGCUGGUGGAGUACUCGGACGUGAGUAGCGAGGACUUGUCGGAGCCGGAGGCCGGGGAGAUCCAGUCAGAGGACAGCAGAGGGAACAGCUACACGGACGGCGACGCGACCGAGCCGAUCCUCCAGAGGCGGUACUACGGGGGCAGUCCGGGGCCCGGCUCCGGGCCAGGGCCGGGGCCCGGUCGAGGCCUCGCCGCGUCGCCCAUCAGCCUGUCCCCGUCCUCCCCGGCGCAGCGGCAGAGGCCGCCGCAACAGGCGCUGCAGCAGGCGCAGCCCCAGCACCGGCACUCCGGUCGGCGGUACUCGCCCAUCGAGCCCUCGCCCCAGGCCCAGGGUCGCGCCCAGCGCGGCUCCCCGCAGCGGCCGCCCAGCGUCCAUCGGGUCUCCCCGGAGUACGCGGAGGAGACGCGCCGCUAUGUCCGCCGGAAGGAGAAGAAGCACAAGCGCGAGAAGAAGAAGAAGCGGAGCCUAUCGCCCUCCUCGAGCGCAGGGAAGAAGCGGAAGCGCCGCCAGAAACGCGGACAGUCGCGCAGCCUGAGCCCCAGGGGACCGGACGAACCGGAGAUGGGCAAGCUCGACGGCUGGCCCGAGUCCCCGGGGAUGCCGCUCGGCGACGACACCUCGCCCAUCUCCCCGGCGACGCCCCAGGACCGCCGCAGGUCCCUCAGCGACAUGGAGCUGGAGUCUCCGCCGCCGAGGGCUGCAUCGCCGCCCCCUGGCCGACCGACGCGACGCUCCGACUCGCCCCACACCCCGCUGCUGCCUCCCAGGGUUAGCAGUCCCGACGGACACGACGGGGCCGGCGCGCCGCCUCCACCUGCCCGUGCCCCCGUCAAGCACAGCCCUGAUCGUCGAAAGCGGAGCCCAAGCCCCGGGCCCGCUGCCGCGCGUCGGAGGCCGCAUAGUCCCAGCCCUCCACAGGCCAGGAGGCGCACGGAUCACGGUGAGCUCAGGCGACGCGAGCCCAGCCCUGGCGCUGCCGUCACGAUCGUCGCGACGCAUCGCUCCAGGCACAGCCCGAGCCCCGUUUCCGGCCAGGAAAGGCGCAGAGAGUUCAGCCAUAGUCCCGUGAGUCACCGGAGACGCGCCGAUCCUCCCUCGGUGUCGCCAACCAACAAGCGGAGACGCAGAGACGACUCGAAUCGACGGCAUCGGCAUCACGACAAGGACAGGAGGGACAAACGCAAGUCCAGGUCCAACCGGAGCCCCGUCGGGAAUAGGUUGCCGAUGCCGCUGUCCCGCUCGCGCUCCCGGAGCCCCGCCAGGUGGCGCAAGGGGGUGUCCUCGCGGUCGAGGUCGCGGUCGCGCAGGAGGAGUCGGACCCCGAAGAAGUCCCGCUCGCCGAGCAAGUCGCACAAGUCCUCCCGCAAACACAAGUCGAAGAGUCCGCGGCCCUCGAGGAUACCCUCGCCGUCGCCUCACCGGCCAGCCAGGGCGCGAAGCCCGGCCAGCAUUCAGGCGAAGAUCAGCCAAACCAGCCUCUUCGCCGAGCUGGUCAAGGACAGGAACAUGAGGGAGCUCGCCUACAAGAAGCUGCAGGCCGCCAAGGAGAAGGCCUCAAGCCAGGACGAGGUGCAGAUCAUCGAGGGCUGCGACGACAAGGAGGCCAGCAACGCGUCCUCCGAAAACAAGGUCGCCGAGAAGGAGAGGCCGCUGAACGACGCGGAUCAGGACAGGGCGAAGGGCACCGACGUCGUCGACAUCCCCGUACCCCUGCCCCUGAGGGCGCCCGAGGAGGGCGCCGCGACCGGCACCACCCCACCGCUGCCCUCGGGCCAUCCGCAGCCCUAUCUGUCGGCCCAUCCUCGGGCACUUCCUCAUCCCUACCCCCACCGGCACUCGCUGCCUCACCCCCAGCCUCACGGGGCGGUCCACCCUCAUCCGGGAGCCACCAUCCCCGUUGGAGUCACCCCGGGUGUCCAGGGGCCCGACCACUCGCCCGCGGCGCUGCCGGCCAACGCUUGUCCAGGUAUGCCCGCCACCUGCCAUCCUGGGGUCAACCCCGGAACGGCGCUCUCGCAGCGCUCGCCGGUGAUGACGCACGUGGAAGCAGGCCUGGGGAGUCUGCCCCAGGUGCCGGUUCCCGUGCCGGCCCCUCAGGUUCCAUUGGCGGCGACGACCUUGCCGAACCUCUCGGUGCCGCCUCCGCCGCCGCCACCGCAGCCGCAACCGCAGUUGCAGCCGCAACCACCGCAACCGCAGCCGCAGGUGCACCCGGCCAACACGGCCAUGGCCAAGUUCAACACCCCCAACAACCUGGUCCCCUUGAAGUCGGUGGACCCGCCGAAGCCGCCGAUCGUAGCGUUCAAGUCGAAGGUGCUCUCCAGGUUGCCGUUGCCUCCGGGGAUCAACCAGAACGACCUGGAGAGCAUCGACUCGCCGCCCAGCGGCUCGCCUAGCCCGCCCAGCAAGGCGCAGAUCAAGUUCCCCGGCUCGGGGCAGAAGUCCACCCUGAAGAAGGGCAUCAAGGACCUGCCCAUGCCUCCUGUGGUUCCCGGAUCGGAAGAACUCAGCGGAGAGGAUGAUCCCGCGAUCAGCCCUCCCCGAGCCAAGAUCGACCGGGUGGCCCCCAAGCCCAAGUUGAAGCGACCGAAGAUCCUGAAGAGGAGGGGCUCCAGGAACUGCCAUCUACCCAUGUCGGCGACCGGCGGCAAGGACUGGGGCGAGAGGUGCGUGGACGUCUUCGAGGUGAUCGCACAGAUCGGCGAGGGUACCUACGGGCAGGUCUACAAGGCACAGGACAAGCGCGCCGGGGUUCUGGUCGCCUUGAAGAAGGUCCGCCUUGAGAACGAGAAGGAGGGCUUCCCCAUCACCGCCGUCAGGGAGAUCAAGAUCCUCAGGCAGCUCAAUCACAAGAACAUCGUCAAUUUGCGGGAGGUCGUCACGGAUAAGCAGGAUGCCCUGGACUUUCGAAAGGACAAGGGCUCCUUCUACCUCGUCUUCGAGUACAUGGACCACGAUCUCAUGGGCCUGCUGGAGUCGGGGAUGGUCGACUUUAACGAGAUGAACAACGCCAGCAUCAUGAGGCAACUCCUGGAUGGGUUGAACUACUGCCAUAGCAAGAACUUUCUACACCGCGACAUCAAGUGCUCGAACAUCCUGAUGAAUAACAAGGGCGAGGUGAAGCUCGGCGACUUCGGCCUGGCCAGGCUCUACAAUGCCGAGGACCGGCAACGACCGUAUACGAACAAGGUUAUCACCUUGUGGUAUCGGCCUCCCGAGUUGCUGCUGGGCGAGGAACGCUACGGGCCCGCGAUAGACAUCUGGAGCUGCGGCUGCAUCCUCGGCGAGUUGUUCCUGAAGAAGCCCCUGUUUCCGUUACAGGGUAACGUCGACCUGAUGCAGCUCGAGAUGAUAUCGCGCGUAUGCGGCACGCCCACGCCAGCCGUUUGGCCGUCCGUGAUUCACCUGCCGCUCUGGAACAUGCUCAAGUCAAAAAAGUCUCACAGGCGUCGACUCAGGGAGGACUUCUCGUUCAUGCCUACCCCGGCCCUCGACUUGCUCGACAAGAUGCUGGAGCUGGACCCCGAGAAGCGCAUCACCGCCGCCGACGCGCUCAAGAGCGUCUGGCUCAAGAACAUCCAGCCCGAACAGAUGCCGGCGCCCCAGCUCCCCACCUGGCAGGAUUGUCACGAGCUCUGGUGUAAAAAGCGCCGGAGACAGCUUAAGGAGCAGCAGGAAGGUACCGCGGGGAAAAUACCCCUGCUCCCGUUACCGAACAGAGGAGGUCCUCAGAAAGGAGGAGACGAUCUGUCGGACGUCGGUGGGUCGUCGAAGCGGCUGAAGAUGGAGGCCGGGUACAACUCUCACGGGAGCAGGAUGCCAGGAGAGCCGGGCCACUUCGGGCCGGAGAACCUCUUCCAGCAAGGAGGCCCCUUCGCGGUGUCGCCCUCUCCGUACUACUUCAACAGCCCCCCAGCCGUGAAGCCGCGGGUACCGCCGUCGACGGGCCACCAGGACGCCGGUCCCGGGGUCUGCGGGACCAGCGACGACAGCCUGGCCCGGAGACUGACUCUGCUGACGAAUGCCCUGAGCCAGGGCAAGCCCGUCCGCGUGGACGACCUCAUGUCGCUGCGCUCGGACAACGAGAGCGACCCGAAGGUGGUUCAGCUACUGGGCGAGCUGCACACGGAGCUUCGCCUGGCCGCCGGGAACGGGCGGCCUAGCGGCCAGCUGGAGUCGCACCUGCCGGUCUUCAACCCUCCGCCACCCUCGACGUCGGCCGGCCCGGGAGGAGGAGCCGCGGCGCCGGCCACCGCACCGGCCCCGGGAGGCCAGGACUCGACGUGGCCGACGGUGGAGGGCAGCUUCGACGCCCAUGCCGAGUACGCCGGCGACGACGCGGUUCCCGUGGGAAGGUGCUCUCACCUGGCGACCGCGGGGGUCCGUAACGCCCUCUCCGCCCUCAUGUUGCGAUACGGACUGGAUACCUACGACCCCUCCCCUGCUAUCACCCGACCCCCAGGUAAACACCCCCUGGACCCGAAGGCCCUUUUCCCGACCUCGGCUUUCGGUUCUUAAUCCCGAUCGACCGCCAUCUCGACUUUGACUGUCCCUUAGGUCACGUACUCGGUACUCUCGCAUUAUUUGUAUGUUGUCUGUUUGGAUUUUGGUCCUUCUUUACUAAGGGCCAAGGUACCAUUGUUUUUUCGCCAACGCUGCGCGAUGCCCUUCCUUGGUGGUCCCAUCCAAGGAGUGACCGCGCCCGACGUCGCUUAACUUCGGUGAUCUUACAUGAACUAAAACAAAAUCAGUGAUGUGACGAGUCGAAUACUUUACCAACUCGAGUUACUUGGAUUCGAAAGCGUUGCCAACUCGAGUUUGGAUUCGAGUCUGCGUCUCAAUGCCGCAUAUAUUCGGCGCGAUGAGUCGAGUCAAUAACAAGUUCGUGAGUCAAUCGACUCGAUUAACGGCGACCCGAAUCGAGGCGAUGUAACGAGUCGAGUACUUCAUCGAAUUGAGUUACUCGAACAUUGCCAAGUGGAGUCAACGCCGAAUAUAUUCGGCGCGAUGAGUCGAGUCAAUAACAAGUUGCUGAGUAAAUCGACGCGAUUAACGGCGAUGCGAAUCAAAGCGAUGUAACAAGUCGAGUACUUAAUCGACUCGAGUUACUCAAACAUUUCCCACUCGAAGCCGGAUAUAUUCGGCGCGAUGAGUCGAGUCAAUUGCGAAUUGGAAAGUAAAAAGACUCGAUUAGCGACGACUCGAGUCGAAGCGAUAUAACGAAUCGAGUAGUUCAUCGACUCGAGUUACUCGAAUAUUACCUACUCAAGUCGACGUCUCAAAGCCGCAUAUAUUCGGCGCGAUGUGUUGAGUCAAUGACAAAUGGGAGAGUAAAACGACUCGAUUAGCGACGACUCGAGUCGAAACGAUAUAACGAAUCGAGUAGUUCAUCGACUCGAAUUACUCGAACGUUGCCAACUCGAAUCAACGACGCAAUACCGCAUAUAUUUGGCGCGAGGAGUUGAAUCAAUUGCGAAUUGGAAAGUAAAAAGACUCGAUUAGCGGCGACUCGAGUCAAAGCGAUAUAACGAGUCGAGUACUUCAUCGACUCGAGUUACUCGAACAUUUUCUAACUCGAGUCAACAUCUCAACCCCGCAUAUAUUCGGCGCGAUGGGUCGAAUCAAUUGCAAAUUGGAAAGUAAAAAGACUCGAUUAGCGACGACUCGAGUCAAAGCGAUAUAACGAGACAAGUACUUCAUCGACUCGAGUUACUCGAAUAUUACCAACUUAUGUCGACGUCUCAAAGCCGCAUAUAUUCGGCGCGAUGUGUCGAGUCAAUGGCGAGUUAGAGAGUAAAACGAUUCGAAUGACGAUUACUCGAAUAAAUAAAUAAGGCGCGAUUGGUGUGUCAGUGCGAGUAACUCGGUCUCACUUUUACUCUCGUAACUCGUUCUCACCCUUACCCUAGUAACUCGAAUUCGUUUGUACCAUAAACUCUAGUUACAAUAAGAAUUACUCGAGUUGACUAGAAUACAUGUUUGACUCGAGUUUAACGAGUUAAAAUAUUCGACUCGUCACGUCAUUACGCGGAAUGCCUUUUAGACAGCUUAUUCCGCGUUGAUUCCGCGUGCUUUCCGCAUGUAUGAAAACGAGGCAUCCUUCCGGGAGGUUCAACGCGUGAGAUGUCUCUUUAAACCGUGACUUUGAAUUUAUCGGUUGCAUUAUUUUGUUUCUAUAACGAUGCUCCGAGAUGCCUAUCCGAUAUGAAACGUUAAGACCGCUGGGGAAGACUGUGAUCACUCGAUAAAUAUGUGUAAUAUAGCUCUUUCAAGUAUAUCAACACAUCAUGGCAAAGGUGGAGAGACGUUGAAGAAUUUAUCUCAAUGUUUCCCAUCAAAAGCAGGCACUUUAAAGUACUAUUUCGCGUUGUUUCGUUUCAAAUGCCCAACGUGAGGACG